CCGGGACCAAAGGGUGACUGCGGCAAACCUGGUCCUCCUGGGAGCACGGGUCGUCCCGGGGCGGAGGGUGACCCUGGCCCCAUGGGACCCCAAGGCCGGCAGGGACCCCCGGGACUCAUUGGCCCCCCUGGCAGCCCAGGGCAGCCUGGUCCUGCUGGCCUGGCUGGAGUGGGGAUGAAGGGUGAGCGUGGCUCAGCGGGGGACCGAGGUCUGCCGGGAAUGCCAGGACAACCAGGGCCACCGGGACACCCAGGGCCACCGGGGGAGCAGGGACCGGAUGGACCCGUUGGUAAAGAGGUACAGGAGGGGCAGUGGAUGCUGGGGUGCCCCUGGGACAGC